CGCAGGAGGAAGCGGUGAAGCACUGAGGGGCUUCGGAGGCCGCCGACGCCGAAGCGGGAGAGCUGAGGGGAAAACGGUACUUCGGGCGGCGCCAGGGCCAGGCCGGGGGGCGAUGAGGUGCUGGUGGCGCGCGUGGCUGUUCCUGCUCCUGGCCUUCGCGGCGGGAGGGCCGCCGGUGGCGCGCGCGCAGCCCUCCAAGGUGUCGCGCGGCGUGGCCGUCCCUUUCAUCUUCGACCCGCGCGCCGUCUGCCGGCCGCCCUGCCAGCACGGGGGCCUCUGCAUCCGGAACAGCACCUGCUUCUGCCCCAAGGGCUACGAGGGCGAGCGCUGCCAGUAUGCAACGUGUUAUCCAAAAUGUAAAAAUGGAGGGAGGUGUCUCAGACCAGGAAAAUGCAGAUGUCAGCCUGGCUAUGGAGGAAGAUACUGUCAUAAAGUCAGCUGUGAAGGAGGAUGUCAGAAUGGUGGGGAAUGCAUCUCAGUCAGUGGAGUAGUGAAGUGUCUUUGUGCUUCAGGCUGGGCAGGAUCAAGAUGCCAAGAAGCUGUUUGUCCUCAGGGAUGUCGGAACGGAGGUGCUUGUGUAGCUCCUGGCAUCUGCAGCUGUGCCACUGGAUGGGUUGGUGGGGCAUGUCAUUUAGCAUUAUGUAGGCUGCCUUGUCACCAUGGAGGCAAAUGUAUUGCUCCAGAUGUAUGCAGAUGCCGUUCACCGUACUCUGGCAUGCAGUGUAUGAAGAAAAUAAAACAAUGAAAUAUCCUUUACUGAAGAUGAGAUGCAUUAUUUGAAUGGAUAAGCGUUGGGAGAAAGAAGAAUUUUUGCCUAAUGCCAAUAUUAAAUCAUUAUUGUUUUAAAAAUCCAAUUGUAUGUUAAAAGAAAGCUCUCCUAUACCAACAGGCAUUUAAAUAAUCCUGACAGUAUCAAAGUAGCUAAAAGUGCAUCAAAGUAUGUGUAAGCAUGAAAUUUGGAUACAGAUAGCUAUUUGAUGGCUCAUUUUAGCACAUUUUACUUCAUUUUAAUUAAAUAAAGCAUGUUUUCAAAAAAAGAAAAAUAAAACUACCUGCUCUGUCAGUUCCCCAUGCCACUAAUAGAAUGCAUUUGUAAAAAUUAUUAUUUAAUGAAGAUAAUCUUGAUUUCCAAGCUCUGCUUCAGCAUGAGAAAUAUUCCUUGUGCAAAACAUGCUGGGUCAUCGGGUAUUUUGUGCUUGCAGUCUUGUGUCCAACACAAUGUGGUCCGCAUAGCGUGUGUGUAUACUUGAUUCUUGAUGCUACCACUGUGAAACCUGUUGCAGAGGUU